AUGCUGAAAUUCCUCCUUCUCAUCCUGACGCUGUACAGCAUCAACGCGACCCUGAUCUUCGAGUGGAAGACCGUGGACCUACAGUUCCCAUCACCAGAGGUCAGACAGAGGAUGAUAGAAGACCAGAGCUUCAUAACAGAAGACAUCAACAUCAGAAGAGUUGCAGUCUAUGAAGAUAAGCUGUUCAUUCAGCUAUACCAAGCUAGAGGAGCACCGCUGUCAUUGGCAUACGUGAACUUGACAGACACCUCAACGAAAUCACCAAUAUUAAUACCAUACCCGAGUUGGUCAGCACACUUCGACACGUUAGAAGAAAGCCGCCUCAUCCAUGAUGUUAUGGCCAUCAGAGUUGACCGAUGCCACCGACUUUGGGUCCUCGACAGAAUCAACGAAGGAUACCUUACUCAUCAUGCCUUAAUCAUCUUCGACCUGGCUACAGAUCAGAUCAUCAAACGACACAAGUUCUCCAACCCAGGUUACCGCAUAGCCAUGGCGAUUGAAGAUGCUAAUUGUGGUGAUACCUACGCGUUCACCAGUGAUGACUAUUCUGGAGAUAUCUGGGUAUACUCCUUGAAGAAGAAUGAAACUCGGUGUAUCCCCGGGGAUAAGAUAUCCAGCAUGAUAUUCACAUCGAAUUCGAUUUAUUAUAACAAGGGCAAAGAUGUGUUUUAUGUGGCGACAGAGAAGCUAAGAAAAUCAGCAAAUGUCAAAGAUUUUGAGCGCAAAAGUGAUAUAAGUGCAGAUUUGCUGAUAUCAGCGUUGGAUACUAAGAGGAAUAUUUUAUAUUAUGCUAACAAAUAUUGUGAAUGUAAUGACAUACAUACGGUAUGCUGGGAUGCGACUAAGCCAUGCGACCGGCACGACUGGCGACUGGGAAACUAUACGACAUUUCAAGUUACCGAUUUAAUUUUGAAUAAAGAUACACUUUAUGUACUGGAGGCUACAUUAUCUUUCAGAUCAGAAGUUCAGUAUAAAUUUCACUCUGUAUCUCUGACAGAAAAAUUAUAA